AUGAAAACUAUGCGUGCGGUUACGCUGAAGGCGUAUGGCGCAGUCAACAUGCUGGGAAUUGGGCAGGUUCCCGAGCCAGCUUUCUCACGUCCAAACGAUGUGCUGAUCAAAGUCGUAGCUGCUGGUGUUAACCGUGCGGACAUUUCGCAGCGUCGGGGCCAUUACCCACCACCUCCAGGCGUUAGUGAGCUUUUGGGACUCGAAGUGUCUGGCGUGGUGCUGAGGGUUGGUAGCAACGUCAAGCGCUUCGGUGAAGGCGACCGUGUGAUGGCGCUGCUGGCUGGCGGAGGGUAUGCCGAUCUCGUCGUUGCCCACGAGGGCUCAGUUAUGAAAAUACCGGAUGAGUACUCGUUUGUCGAGGCUGCUGCAAUUCCUGAAGGAUUCCUUACUGCUUGGCAGCUGUUGAGACGUCACGGAUCGCUAAAAAAGGGACAGUGUGUGCUUGUCCAUGCUGGUGCCAGUGGCGUUGGUACCUCUCUCAUGCAGUUGGCGGGUAAGUACUUCGGCGCGAAGGUCGUCGCUACCUGUUCCGAGGGUAAGGUGGACUUUUGCAAGAAAUUUGCGGAUAUCGUGGUUGACAGGUCUCCCGAUGAAAUGGGGAGGUGUUUUUGCCACAAAGUAAAAAGUGCUGUAGGAGACGACGCGGUGAAUCUUGUCGUGGACCCGGUGGUGGGAGGUUCAUACCUCAACGAGGAUGGCAUAGUGUUGGCCCAGGAUGGCAAAAUUGUAGUCAUUGCCCUUAUGGGUGGCUCCAAGGUUGAGUUGAACAUCUCUACUCUGCUCCGAAAGCGGGGAACGAUUGUUUUUUCAAAGCUUCGUGAUCAGACAGAUGAGUACAAAGCAUCCCUGGUGGAGGAGUUUGAGAGGGAAGUGAUUCCAUACUUGAAGGACCGCAUCAUCACACCUAUUGUGCAGCGGACCUUUGCGAUGGAGGAUGUAGCAGAAGCUCAUGUUUUCAUGGAGGGUAAUAUGACGAAUGGAAAAGUUAUAUUGACAAUGUGCGACUCUACAGGUGAGUGA